GUUGAUGUCAUGCUAAUGUGGACAGGUUACUCAUAGUUACUCACCAUAAAAUUACUGACAUGAUCUGUUCCUGUGUGUUUCGGCAACUAACUUAUAUGGAAAGCGGAGGAUGGAGUUCCAUUUCUUCCAAAACAAAGUUAUUCCCUGGAGCAUCGCAUUUUGGUCUGUAUAGAUCGGAAACCAUCGGAGCUCCGUUUCCGUGUGCUUCUCCAAGUUCGGUUCGAUCCAAGCGCUAUACGUGUACUCCUUGGUGUCGCGCCAGUCGCUACUGUUCCGUCCGCUCCAAAAGAGAAGUAGAGCUCAGAAACAGCAUCGUGUCUUCUAGAUUGUAGAGUUCUUUCCAAGCCAUGGUUGUGUGUUUCAGCUCAAAUACCCGCAGAAACCUCCCCAUGGGACCCGUGAACACUGAUAGAAGCUUCCCUCUGGACUCCAACAAAUGGGCUCUUCUUAUUGACGCACAAGGGCUUCUGGGCAAGCUCAUGAACUUAGUGGAACGUCUUGGCCCUGGAUCGUGAAUGCAUAGAUUUCCAUUCAUUCCCAUGAUAUAGAAUAGUCCUUGGUGGUAAACUGGAUUGCUGUAAGAACUCUUGAAAUGAGUUCCUUUCUUCUCCGCUGACGAGUAAUUCCAGCCGUAUCGUCCGCGAUGAAUAGAGUAGAGGUUCACAUAUGUGGAACAGACUGUGUAGCAAAUUACCAUGCAGUCGGAGGAUGUUGGAGGAGAAGAGAAAGUAAACCCGUCUUGGUGACAUAGCAUUUUAGGUAAGUCAAUCCUUUCGCUAGUAAAAGGGUUGAGAAAGAAUAGUUCACUUGAACUUCCUUGGGAGGAUAUCAACAACCAUCCAUGUUUAGAGCAACGAACGAUUGGUUCUGUGCCUUUUAAACUGGGUGAAGGCAACGUGCUGGUAGAAUUGGUUACCGGAUCGAAGAACUUGACUUGCUCACUGUUGCUUCCUAUGUGCACGAGGAUUGGGAAUCGAUGAUUUCUCUGCACAUUUCCCAAUUGAAGAUCAGAUUCACAGUUAGAGUUCGAGAAGGCCGAUUGCCAUGCUUUGCAGGCAAGACGAAAGUAACAACGAUCAGCUCCAAAUAGACACGACUGUAUGUCACAAAGAAGGUCGGUUGGAACGUUGUUCCAACCACCACAAGCACUGCUACUUCCUGACGGUAACAUAAUCUGCUUGCUAGCAAUCAUUACUUCUGAUUGGGGAUCGUCUGCUGAAGCCCAACUAUGAAGAGGCAACCGGAUCCACUGUGGCUCAUAAUAGUCAAUUCCCAUGUUGGGGCAAGGUAAUGACACUCUAACACUUCUCUCUUUAAUAUCAUAUGCACAAAGACGCUUGUCAUUCCUUUCAGUGAAAUAAACGGUGUUCCCGCGAACAAGUCCUGAGUUUAGAUCUUCUCGUGGAAUUUUGUAGAAGAAUCCAUUCUCUGGGUAGCUUAAGAAUAUGGCACAAUCUUCAGGUAAACUUUUCAUCCUUUGGCAUACUUGGUCCUGUAAAUUCACCUUGUAUAAGUCAAUCCUCUUGCAACCAAUGUCUUUGACAUGAGAGUCCAGCAUGAACACUUGUUUAUACCCAUAAUAUAACUCGACAAUCAUAAGCUCGCUAUCUGAGCACUGAACCAAGAACUUGUCGCAAUGUGCAUGGCUUCUAGGGUAUCGUUCUCUGACUUUCAAAUCAAGUAAUUUCAUCUGGCAGCCACUCAUGUCUCGAUUGAACUGAAACUUCCAUAGGCUUUUGCAGCAACGUGUUUGUGCAUAGACCAUGCCGUUGAGGGCAGCGCAUCCUGGAAAAUGCAGCCAGAAACCUCUGCGACAAAUACUACAUUGCGGUACUACUAGUAUCGUCCAAUUCUCAUCCCCAGGCUUGCAGUAUAGCAAGCUCGUCCCCCCCAUAUGUGAUUGGAACAUAACAACACAGCUAGGAUCAUGUGGAGGAGAAGAAAGGACACAGUUGACGGGCUUCGAGUGGUAUUCAGGCAAAUUGGGUAACGGGAUCUUCUCCAUGGUGACUGGGUUUAGCAACAAGCAAUGUCCACCAUCCCAAGCAUAGAGAACAAACCAACCAUGAGAAGUGGUGAAGAUUCGAUGAUUUCGUAUUUCAGGUAUGUGCUUGACAUGGUGGCGGCGUUCUGACAAGCGGUAGAUCAGUGACUUCUUGUUUUUCUUACCAUGGAGGUAAACCAGCCAUGGUUCUGGGCGUAGAGCUGGUGCGGCAGCCUCUGGCGUUUUCGGCAGUUCAUCUUCAUGGUUCUUAUCUGGCUCCUCAUGCUGCUGAAGCUCCGGUUUAGCCAUUGAUUGUCGUCUUGUACGUGUGCAGGUUGUGUGGCGACAGCGACCAAUUGAAGGAAUUGGCUUUGGUUAAUGCUUUUUUACUUCGACCCUUAAAAUUUAUAUUCUGGUUAGGGUUAAUACCUUAUUUUGGCCCGAACUAUAACCAUUUAAUCAACUUUGGCCCGUGGUUUCAGAAAUUAACAUUCUGGCCUCAACUAUGCAGCAUAUAGACUCAAUUGGCCCGACACAUAGUUUGACCGUCAAUUUGGACGGUCAACUCUGUUGACCGUUAGUCAAUAUGUCAUGUCAUUACCUAGUCAGCAUAAAAAUCAAUAAAAAAUUCAAAUUCAAAUUAUUUUCCUAAUUUAUAUUACUUAUCAUUUUCCAAUUAACCAAAAAAUAAAAUUCUAAAAAUAUAAAAUAAUUUUUUUUGGAUAUUUGAAAAUGAUAAAUUUUAUAAAUUAAC